CUGUGCCCUUCUGCAAAUUUGUAUAAAGAUCUUCUGGCUCUGAAAGGUUACUUUAUAGGACCUGCAUUUCUCAGUGAGUUAACAAGUGAUCGGUUAACUGAGACAGAAUGCCGUCUUAUACAGUAACAGUGACCACGGGCAGCCAGUGGUUUGCUGGCACAGAUGAUUAUAUUUACCUUACACUUAUAGGUUCCAAAGGAUGCAGUGAGAAGCAUCUUCUUGAUAAAGCCUUCUACAAUGAUUUCGAAAGAGGAGCGAUUGAUUCCUAUGAUAUCACAGAAUCAGAAGACAUUGGUGACGUUCAGCUGUUAAAGCUUGAGAAACACAAAUACUGGUACAAAGAUGACUGGUACUGCAGACAUAUAACUGUCAAAACACCAUCAGGAGAUUAUCUUGAGUUUCCAUGCUAUAGUUGGAUCACCAAUGACAAGGAGGUAGUUCUUCGAGAAGGAAAAGCAAAAUUGUCUCGAGAUGAUGUUACUCAACUCCUUAAGCAACACAGACGAAAAGAACUGCAAGAAAGGCAAAAACUAUACAGAUGGAAAGAGUGGCAUCCUGGUUUCCCCCUGAGCAUUGAUGCACAUUCUUACCAUGACUUGCCACAUGACAUUCAAUUUGACAGUGAAAAAGGAGUUGAUUUUAUCUUAAAUUACACCAAAGCGAUGGAAAACCUCUUUGUUAACAGCUUUAUGCACAUGUUCCAGUCGUCAUGGAAUGACUUUGCUGACUUUGAGAAGAUCUUCGUUAGAAUCAGCAAUACAAUUUCAGAAUAUGUGAUGCAACAUUGGCAGGAAGAUUUUAUGUUUGGAUACCAGUUUCUGAAUGGCUGCAACCCUGUAAUGAUUACAAAAUGCAAACAAAUCCCGGCCAAUUUCCCUGUGACAAAUGAAAUGGUAGAAUGCAGCCUGGAACGGAAUCUGACUUUAGAGCAAGAGAUUGAGAAGGGAAAUAUUUUUAUUGUUGAUUACCAUCUUCUGGACGGCAUCUCUGCCAACAAAACUGACCCCUGCACCAUACAGCACAUUGCUGCUCCCAUCUGUUUGUUAUACAAGAAUCUGGAAAACAAGAUUGUCCCGAUUGCAAUACAGCUAAAUCAAGAGCCUGGACCAGAAAACCCAAUAUUUCUGCCAUCAGAUGCACAUUAUGACUGGUUAUUAGCUAAAAUAUGGGUGCGGUCAUCUGAUUUCCAUGUUCACCAAACUGUGAGCCACCUCUUGAGGUCUCAUCUUCUUUCAGAGGUUUUCGCAAUAGCAAUGUUUCGGCAGUUGCCUGCUGUUCACCCUGUUUUCAAGCUCCUAAUACCUCAUGUGCGAUUCACUAUUGCCAUCAAUACAAAAGCUCGGGAACAACUGAUCUGUGAAUGUGGUCUGUUUGAUAAGGCAAAUGCCACUGGAGGUGGUGGGCAUGUGGAGCUGCUGCUACGCGCAAUGAAGUAUUUUACGUAUGAGUCCCUUUGCUUUCCUGAGGCAAUCCGAAUGAGAGGAAUGGAAAAUACAGAAGAGAUUCCAUAUUAUUUUUAUAGAGAUGAUGGCUUGAAAGUUUGGGACGCAACAGUAAACUUUGUGAGAGAUGUGGUGAACGUUUACUAUGCAAGUGAUCAAACUAUAUGUGAGGAUGAAGAACUUCAAGCUUUUUUGAAGGACGUUUUUGUGUAUGGACUUCGGGACAAUAAAGAGUCAGGAUUUCCCAAAACUAUUAAGACCAAAGACAAAUUAAUUGAAUAUCUGACAUUAGUUAUAUUCACUGCAUCCAGUCAGCACGCAGCUGUGAAUUUUGGGCAGUAUGACUGGUGUUCAUGGAUUCCAAAUUCCCCUCCUACUAUGCGUAAGCCUCCACCUACUGAGAAAGGUGUUGUCACAAUUGAGUUUAUUAUUGAAAGCCUGCCAGACAGAGGGCGCUCUUGCUGGCACCUUGGAGCUGUGUGGGCAUUAAGUCAGUUCCAGGACAAUGAGAUAUUUCUAGGUUACUACCCAGAUGAGCAUUUUGUUGAGAAAUCAGUUAAGGAAGCGAUGGUGAAACUUCGAAAGAACCUUGAGGAAAUCACCAGUUUCAUCCAAGACCGAAACAAGAACAAGAAGUUGCCUUAUUAUUAUAUGUCACCAGACAGGAUCCCGAAUAGCGUUGCUGUCUAAAUAAGUCAAGAUGUAAAAUUGGAUGUGAACCAUAUUUUCAGGGAAAAAAAACCCGUACGUGUAAAGUGUAAAACCAAAUCUGCAGUGACAUCUAACAUGAUAUUUUUGAAGCCACAAAAUUACACACUCAUGCAGAUAUAGCUAAAAAAUUGAAUUUAUUAUCACAUAUUAAAAUCCAUUAGCCUAGCUAAGGCUUUUUAUGGGGUCUAAUGGAUUUUAAUAUGUGAUAAAUUAAAUUUUUUAACGAUACAGUAUAUGCAUGAGUAUGUCAUUUUGUGGCUUGAUAUAUGUCUCUUUUGGCCACUAGAGGUCUCUCAUGCAUUGGCUCAUGAAACCACUUGGAAAUACAAGUAGAAGUCUGUAUAAUGUUAACAUGUGCCUCUAUUAUAAUAUCAAACUAUGUUGCUGCCUGUACCAUAUGCAUUUUUAGUAGAAUGUAACAUUGCAUCCACAUGCCCACAGCAAAAUAUAUUUCUGAGCCCCUGACCAUUCUGGGAAUAUGGACAGCAUGUGGAAUAGAAGGAGGGCCACAAGUGCAGUUAUGCAGGAGGGGGAGUAGGAAUCCUAAGACUUUACCUAGCACCCUCUCCUCCUGGUGGCCCUAUAGCCACAAAGAGUGCCCACCUAUAAUCAUGCUACUUAUUUUCAGUAUCUAUCAAUGUAUAUAGCAACCACACACAAAUGUUGGAGUUCUCAAGGCUCUCGUUCUAAGUGAUUGUAGAGAAAUCAUAUACAAUAUUUAGUUUCCAUCCAUAAUGCCAUGUUGUCCUGUCUUACCAGGAGUGUCCAUACUUUAGUAAUGUGGGGUCUACUUUUAGUGAUGUUGUCCCAUUAUGCUCUACAUCCAUAAUAUCACUGUUAGCAUUCUGUU